GUCACACCAGCACCGUCAAAAAUAGCAAUUGUUUGCGUGUGCAACGCUGAUUUCAACCGUAAUUGCCGGUACAGAUUGACUGACUUAGGUCCACGGACUAGGAUACGAUAACUAGAACAGGACACGAUGCAGCACAUACUACUUCUUACAGGACUGGCGCUGGUAGGCAGCAUUUCCAGGGGAGCCGCCACCGAAUCCAACGUGGUCACCUGCGGCUCCAUCCUGAAGCUGCUCAACUCGGACUACGCCUUCCGCCUGCACUCCCACGACGUCAAGUACGGAUCUGGUUCCGGGCAGCAGUCGGUGACGGGCGUGGAGCAGAAGGAGGACGUGAACAGCCACUGGGUGAUCAAGGCGCAGACCGGCGAGCUUUGUGAAAGGGGCGAGCCCAUCGCCUGCGGAUCCACCGUGCGACUGGAGCACCUGUCCACCAAGAAGAACCUGCACUCGCACCACUUUUCGUCGCCGCUCUCAGGCGAGCAGGAGGUGUCCGCGUACGGAACGGAUGGACUCGGCGACACCGGCGACCACUGGGAGGUGGUCUGCUCCAACGAGAACUGGAUGCGCAGUGCCCACGUUAGGCUGCGCCACAUCGACACCGGCAUGUACCUGGGCAUGUCCGGCCGCUCCUAUGGCAGACCCAUCUCCGGCCAAAUGGAAAUCGUUGGCGUCCACAAGCCGCAGCACGGAACGCGCUGGACCACGGCGGAGGGCCUCUUUAUCGUGCCCAAGGAGAAGAGCUCAACGCACGACGAGUACGCCCACUCGGAGCUGUAGUGCUCCCUAAGGACCUCGACUGCUGCAGUUUCAUACUACUAUUAGUUCUGUAAUUUAUAACUUAGUUGAAUUUUUAUUGAAGACCCCAAAAGCAAACCAUCAAAUUAAAAUUAUUUAAACUCAGGGU